GGAAAUAUUUGAGAGGGGAUAUUUGGAGCAUUGGAGCAUUGGAGAUGCUCACCUCGUAGCAUCAUCGUUCUCAACAACCAAAAUCUUCUCGACUUCAAAGGAUUGAAAUGGAGUCACUCAGUCGAUCCGCUGUGAUCUGUAGCAUCUCAAGGACUCCUCAAGGGCCUUCUCCUCCCAACUCGCUGCCUUCGACGUCGACAUUCAAGCCACUUUUGCAAAGGUUGAAGCCCUUGCCUCUGAAGGUUGAAGUCCCAGAGCAAUUAAAAGCUGCAUCUUUGAACCUUUUGGACUCGAUCGUGGAAACCGUCUUCAGAUUCGAAAAAGAACCUUUAUUCAGCACGGGGAACUUUGCGCCCGUGGCUGAAAUAGGAGAAGCAGUCCAGGUUUCAGCCAUAGAAGGAGGCAUUCCGGAGGGCUUCCCCCAAGGCAUAUACUUGAGAAAUGGAAUGAUUCACGCGACGUAUUUCAGCAAGGAUGGAGAAGGGAACUGGAACGUUUCGUACAAAAAUAAGUACGUAGAGACAGAAAGUUUCCUGCUGGAGAAGAACAGAAACAAGAAACUCUUCCUUCCUACAAUUACUGGUGACCCCUCCGCAGUGUUGGCUUCUUUUUACACCAACAUGGUGAGGUGUGGCCAACCAGUGAAGUUCGAAGCCAACACCAGUGUUUUUGAGCAUGCUGGAAAACUAUAUGCAAUAUCAGAGCAGAAUCUGCCUUAUGAAGUCGAUCCUUCUAAUCUAGAUACUCUCAAAUCCUGGGAUGUCAAUGGCACUUGGGACCGACCUUUCACUAGUCAUCCGAAGAGAGUCCCACAUACUGGGGAGUUGGUUAUCAUGGGUAUUGCCAUACAAAAACCAUACUAUGUCUUGGGAGUCAUAUCAGCUGAUGGAACAAAGAUGCUUCACAAAGUCGACCUGCAAUUUAAAACUGGGGUUCUAGUUCAUGAGCUUGGCGUGACUGAGAACUACAAUAUCAUCAUGGAUUACCCACUGGAAAUUCGCAUUAAUAGAGCUCUUGCCGGAACCGUUCAUUGGCUAUGAGCAAAAUGAAGAAUCUAAGAUAGGGGUCAUGCCUCGUUUUGGCAAUGCAGAAUCAGUUUCUUGGUUCAGAGUUAAAAACCACUGCAGUUUCCAUAUCAUCAAUACCUUCGAGGAUGGUGAUGAGGUAAAACUAGGUCCCUAAUCAAGUGCCUUACGGUUUUCACGGUACUUAUAAAUACAUGUAAACGUUGAAUUUUAAGUCAUGUUAUGAUCAAAUGGUUGCACUGUGAGUCUCUCUGCGCAGCGUUGUAAUGAAUUUUAAGCUUUUUUUGGUUUAACUCUGAAAUAAAGUUGUAGGAAAAAA